UUUGUGUAUAGAUAUUAUAAUUAUUAUUAAAAUAAUAUACAAGUAAAUCGAACUAUACGUAUAAUAUCAUUUUGUUUUAUUUUCAAUUUGCUUAUCUUUGGGAAGUGGGAAUUUUAAUGAUAAGGAAUUUUCGCUCAUUAUCAGCGCUUCAGUAUGUUGCACAAUGCACUCCAUGCUGUUAUGAAAAUACGUUUUUAAUUUUUAUAUUAAAUAGUAUAUGUUUAUUGUAUAUAUUUAUCAAAGUACCAAAAAUGUCAUUAAAACAUUUUGCUAAUGCUGCUCUUACUGUUCUGAGACAUCAAGUCAUGUACAGUCAGCCUGUACGAAAUGUCUGUCAGUGCCAGAUAUUGGGGUUCAAAAAGAACGACUUGAAAACGACCUCAGCUACUAUGGAUAAUGAAGAAACAUUAAAAAAAAAACGUCCCAAAACGGCGCCUAUUCCUAAAAUCACCCUGAUAGAUCCUGAUCAUAAACUAUCAAUUGUGACUUUAGAUGAAGCAGCCAAGCUAUGUGACAGACGAGGCCUAAAGCUCGUGAAGAUUGUUGAUCUGGAUACUAAAACUCAACGCCCUGUAUUCAAAAUGAUGACAGCUAAUCAAUUUGUUAAUGAGGAUAAAGAUAAAAGAGUAAGAAAAGAAGAAAAAAAAACAAAUGAAUUAAAAGGUGAAAAAACUGCGAUAAUAUCAAGUCGUAUUGGUCAGGGUGAUUUAGAUUCUAAAGUCAAAAAUGUUCGUAAAUGGCUAUGUAAAAUGUAUGAAGUAAGAAUUACAAUUACUGGUGAAACAGCAGAUGAUAUUGCUGAUAAUGUAAUCAAAAUGACUGAAGGUUUUUCAAGAGUUGUUCAGAGAAGAAAGAAAGGUGAUUCUGUUAAAUUUCAAUUAUUACCUCCUAAACAAACUCAAGAUUAAAAUAAACGAUAAAUAUUAAAUGUUUUGCAUUGCAGAAAUACAAUUCAUUGAUUUUUAAAUUUUUUGUUUAUUCUUAGAAGGGUAGAUUAUUUUUUAAUCAUGUUAAACUUGUAGAAAAAUAUUAAAUGUACAUUACGAAUUAAAAUAUAAUAUAUUUAAUUAUUGUUAAAAAUUAAAAUUUAGACUGCCCUAACAAAAAUGAGUUGUCUUUUGGCCCAUACUCUAUGUUGGACUGAUACCAACUACGUUCAACAAAUAUAUUAAAUUAGACCUUGCCAAAUAAAAAUAAAUUAUUUGUUACACUAUAUUUUCUUUGACAUAGUGAGGCAUUUGUCACAUAGAAACAAAAGUAUAGCAAAUUUGAAAUAAAUAAAUGUGUUUUAUGAAAUUUAAGUCACUAAUAAUAGAAUUAAAUUUGAAAAACGAUAUCUUCUGAAGGUUAAAUAAUAAUAAUAAAUUGAAAUCUGAGAGUACCAGGAAAAUAAAUAAAGACUAAACUCUAAAAAAAUAAAUUAAAGUAACACUAUUAUAAAAGAAAACAUAUAUUAUCAUUUACACUAUUUACUUAUUUUUCAGUUACUCCCACUUGAACAGACUUGUAUGAAUAAUUGUAACUAGUAAUGUUUCUGCUUUAUAUUAAUCAUCAAUUAAUUCAGAUUAUUUUUCAGAAAUGUAUAGCGUGUCAAAUAUUAUAGUUUAAUAUGUUAAUAUUUUUAAGAUAUUUUCUUCGAUUUUUAUGUUUUAAGAAUUGGUCAACUUUUCAACUUAAAAAGUUUAUACAACUUCUCAUCUAUAAAACAAAUUGGCCUAGCUGUUAAAAAGUUCUUUGUAUCCUGACAUGAAUCUGACUAGAAUCUUAAUUUGGAGUGGUCCAAAAAUAUUACUUUAUAAUUUGUCUAAAAUAUUUAUGUUUAAAUUAUUACCAAACUUCCAGACAGGUAUUAAAAUUUGAGUGGAGAGGGGUUCCCUACUUCUUACUUCCUACCUUGUUGGUUGCAUGCCUUACAAUUUUAAAAUUAUUUGUUAGUGUAAAUGUAUAAAUCUUAAGUGUUAUUUGACUAGAAAAAGAACUUUAAUAUUAUAUUAUAUAUUUUAAAUUAUAAUAUUAUUUAUUAAUUAUAAUGAAUAAAUUAUCCACUAAUAAUAUUAAUUAUACUUAUGUGCUUGAAAUGUCU